AUGUCCCUUGCGUCUACCUUGACACCGUGCGGCGAUACUUGCGUCUCCACCCCCCUAUCCCUUGCCUUUUCAGCUCUCGUCAAUCUUCACCAGUUCCAUAAUGGGAAAUGUGGGGGCGAAGACGUGGCACGCAUAUUCUUGAAGCUCGAGAUUGGACCUGAGCACCUCUCUGGCUCUUCCGUCAUUGUUGGGACCAUUCAUGGUUAUUAUAACUCCAAAACUUUGACCCAUGGUGGUCCACUUUAUCUUGGAUCGCUCUUCAUGGCUUUCUGGCUGGGUGGUAUUAUUGCGAUCCUGGCCCUCGGGCUGAGGCCUUAUUUGUCUGAUAGCCUUGAGUCGCGAUGUCGGUGUGGCCCACAUGAUGAUUGCUGGCCCUCACCGGCGGCUUGGGGUGCGCUCAAUAGCACUAUCGGUGGUAAUCUGGUACAGUUGCGGCCAGUUGGAGCUGUGUGCCAUGAAGCACAAUACUCCAAUGGCCCUUGCAGUGAGCUGAUUCAACACUUCCACAACACCACAUGGCGCGUUGAAAAUCCGGCCGCAUUACAGGUACACACCUGGGAACAUUCGCGCCCACUAAAGGAAAGUUGCCACGUUAUUGACCCGCCGGAAGUUGGUCGAUGUGACCAGGGUCGUGUGGCACACUACUCGGCUUAUGUACGGUCUGUGGCAGCAGUAAAGGAGGUUGUUCAAUUUGCCGCCUCUCAUCGGCUGAGACUCGCCAUUCGCAACACUGGUCACGAUCUGGCAGGACGUUCAUCGGCCCCAAACUCCCUACAGCUUCAUACCGCCGGUCUCAAGGGUAUCCAUCAUGUGGAAUCAUUUAUCCCUCGGGCUCCACCCGGUAAAUCGGUUCCAUCAGAGGGUCCUGCGGUGACAGUGGGGGCUGGGGUACUCACGGGAGAGCUCUACUCCGCAGCCGCAGAGUCUGGGUAUACAGUAGUGGGAGGAAGCUGUAGUACGGUCGGUAUUGCCGGUGGUUGGAUGCAAGGCGGCGGGUAUGGCAUUUUGACCCCAUCGCGAGGCUUGGGGGUCGACAAUGUGUUGGAGAUUGGCGUUGUCACGGCACAGGGUGUCUAUGUCACUGCAAACCAGUACCAAAACCAGGAUCUCUUCUGGGCCCUUCGUGGAGGUGGCGGAGGCACAUUUGGUGUCAUCGUGCACGUCACGUUCCGCACCUACCCCGAUGUGCCCGCUGUUGUAUCGAAGCUGAAUAUCUUCAGUCCUCAUGGACCCAAUUCUGCAUUCUGGGAUACCAUUACGGAUCUGCUCCAGACAAUCCCUGCCCUGGUGGAUCGCGGCGACGCUGUCCUGGCUUUUACGAUGCCGGUCCUGCCUGGAAACCAGUCAUUCCUCACUAUAGAGUCCUAUCUCCUCAAUGAUACCCACACGGGUAGCCGGGAUUCUAUUGAUAAGCUGCGCAGACGCAUUGAGGAGCGUGGGUUGUCGGUGGAGUCUUCUGACGAGGCCUUUGAUGGAUUGUCUACGUAUCUUGCGCUUUCCAAAGGCUUGGAUCAGGCUGGGUUGGGGAUGAUGACUGCAUCGCGACUUGUUUCGCGAGAUUUGAUGACAUCAAUCCAGGGGCCUUCUCAAAUUAGCCAAACGCUCGCCCAGCUCAGUUACGGGCCCGGAGAUGUGAUAAGUCUAGAGGGAAUGGUCGGCGGGCCCGCUGUUGAGCGCAAAGGCAUAACAGACAGCGCAAUUCAUCCAUCCUGGAGAUCUGCAUCGAUGUCCCUAACUCUGGGUCGCAGUCUACCCUCAGCUCCAGAUUGGGUCGCCUAUGAUAGUAUCCAGCGUGAGCUAGCGACGACGCAGUUGCCGGCGCUCCAAUCCCUUGAGAAGGGGGCUAUGGGAGGCUACUUGGGCAUACCGUUCGCGUACGAAAGCAACCCUUCGCAGGUAUUCUGGGGAUCCCACUAUGAUCGGCUUCUGGCCCUCAAAGGACGCUUGGAUCCUGACGAUUUAUUCUUAACUCGAUUGGGAGUAAACUCGGAGCGAUGGGAUGAAGAAGGCAUGUGUCGAUUAGAUUGGAUGCAGGCUUAUCUGAGGCGGUACUAUAGCUAUAUAGACCGCGUGCGAUCAUGGACUGCACAGAUGUUCCACGAGUACCUAGAGACUAGCUGA